UUCCCGGCCCGCGGCGUCUUUUUCACGGAUGCGCAUGCGCGCGCCAGGAGUUCCUCGGACUGAGCCGGCGCGGGCAGCUCCCGUUCCAGGAUGGCGUCUGUCUUUGUAAAGAAGAUGAUGGUUGCCGUGGUCAGUCCCCUCCGCCACUGGAGCCGGCAGGCGACGACGGCCCUCCGGAUGCCCCCGCCGCUUCGGCUCGGACCCCUGCCGCCCGUCUGGAUGGGGCUGGGCGGCUGGGCGGGCCGCCCGCUCUUCUCCCGCACCCCGCUCCCCUGCCCGCAGCCCGCCGCCCUGGGCUUCAAGACAAAGGGAGUCCUGAAGAAGCGCUGCAAGGACUGCUACUUUGUGAAAAGGCGAGGACGAUGGUUUGUCCUGUGCAAAACCCACCCGAGGCACAAGCAGCGGCAGCUGUAGCCCCUCGCGCGCCGCCUCGGAGGGGGACGCCGGCACCUCCGCUUGCGCGAAGGUUUCAAUAAAAAGGGAACGUG